AUGGUGGCCCAACUGCUAGGGCUGGCCUUCCUGUUUCUACCUACCAGCCUGGUCACCCUCACGACAAACGCUGUGCAGAUCAAUCACAACUGGGAGGUGGUGUACCGGGACACCAGUGUGUAUGGCGUGGUGGGCAAAGCAGUGAUCCUGGAGUGCGGUGCCACCUUACCUGACAUGUACAUAUGGAGCUUCACCAAGCCCAGUACUGAAGCUAUAAAAGCUGUGGUGUAUGAUUUGGGGAAAGGAACGAGGAUCCAGAAGCUGGCCGAGAGGCUUGGAAAGUUGACGGUCAUCUCAAACAGUGCGGCCGUGAGCAUCGAGAAACUGGCCCUUGCUGCACACGGCCUGUUCACCUGCCAGGCCUUCUAUGACAUAGAACGGGAGCCCAAAGUCUACUACUACUACGUGCACCUUUCUGUCCGAGUUCCCGUCAGUAAGCCUUACCUCCUGAUGAGCGAUGCAUCCCCAGUGGAAGGAUCCACAAUGUGGAUGCGCUGCAAUCUGGAAAACGGGACCGGGCCUAUCCAGUAUCUGUGGAAACACGAGACUCGCAGUGGCAACGUCUCAGUCUUUGCACAGAGCAACACCAGCGUCAUCAACGUGACAGACGUCAACCGUAACCACACGGGCUGGUACCGCUGUGUGGCCAGCAACGCCGUCAACAGCGAGAGCUCAAACCGGUUAUGGCUGGACACCAUCUUUGGCCCGGACAUUCCUCAGAUAGACGUGACUCCGUACAGUAUCACAGAGCGGGGAUAUUCAGCCCUGGAGCGAGAGACUGUUUCUUUACUUUGUCAAGCCCAGUCCAACCCGGCCAGUCAGUACGUGUGGUUCUACAACAACUCCCAGGUCUACACCGGACCACAGUUCACCAUCACCAAGAUCCUCCGCAUGCACACUGGCGACUACGCCUGCUUGGCGCAGAACACCUACCUCAACACCCGCUCCAAAAAAACCAUCAGCCUGACUGUCUACUACCCGCCCGAUGGUUCACCCUCCUGUUCUGUGGAGGCAGCUUUGAAUCACACCUCUCUGAGACUGCUCUGCUCCUGGCCCGGCGGUUUCCCCUUCCCCUCCCUCCAGUGGACCGGAGACCUGAAACAAGUGGGACACGACGAGGCUGACACAGGGCAGGAAACAAAUCCACUGACCAACACUGCCAUCUUGCUGUCGAGCGAAGGCCUGACUUCCAACAACAGCUCGUUUACAUGCUUGGGCUCACACCUGGCACUCAAACACUCGACAGUGUGCAGCACACGCACAUAUGUCCCCCCUGCAGAACCAGUCUGCUUUGCCUAUGUGACUAACAACAAACAGUAUCUGAUGCUGUCCUGCUCCUGGGAUGGAGGGACCCCGAAAGCCUUGGUGUGGUGGGAGGGCCCGGGUGGCCAAGCAAAAGGCGGGGAACAAAACUCCAACAUCCUGAUCCUUCGCUACGGCACCGCCCACAGCGGGAAACCCUACACCUGCCAUGCUAAGCAUCCACUUCUGGUCCAAACCAAGACCUGCAGGCUAACACUGGAGGCUCCUGUAUUGUUGACGCAGCGCAGGGUCGUGUCUGUAUACGAAGGGAGUGAUGUCCAGCUCACCUGCAACCUGAGAGCCAACUACCUUCCCGUCAACGAAAUCACCUGGUUUAACAAUCAGGGUGUGGAUGUCCGAGGCACCUCAAAGUACACACUGCUGCGAACAUCUGCAUGGGCCAAUCUGACUGUGAGAGACACACAUGAGGCUCAAGACAGCGGCGAGUACAGGUGCUCCACUUCCAACGCAGUGGGAGGGACUGAAAUUAACGUCACUUUAGUGGUCAAGAGGCACCCCAUGCCUCCCAAUGCGACCCUGAUCAAAGUGAUGUAUAACAGUCAACUGCGUAACGAGGUGGAGCUGGAGUGGCAGGUAGAGAACGAAGAAGAAGGAGGCUGGACAGGUUUCAUCCUGGAGCACGUAUGGGUGUCAGAGCGACCAGGAAGAAGAGGCAGCAGGAAUAAUUCAAAGGAGGAGAGGAUCGGUCCACCAGUCUGGUACCGUAGCAUCAUCCAGGACCCAGAAGUCAGGAGUCAUACAGUAGGGAGACUGACACCAACCGUUACCUACCAGUUCCGCAUCAUACCUGUCAACCACCGCACCCUGGGACACCCUUCUGCAGCAAAGACUCCAGCGGAGCCACGCUACAAUGUGUACCCUGCUGUGAUUGGAGCAGCUAUAGGUGGGAUGCUCUUUGCAGCCAUCGUCACAGUGCUGCUACUCAUGUUCAUAAUCCGCAACCGCAACAACAAUCCUAGACUACAUGACAUGCUGUUUGGUUUGCAGCACAGCCAGUCGAGGGAAAACAUCAACUUCCCAGAGGAUGAAGUGGUAGCCGGGUCAGACGGAGGAAUAGAGGAGAUUGGUGGAUCAGCCAGUUCAGGUCCAACCAUGGCUUUGCCUCGGGCAUCUUCACCCCUUACCACCUCACCCCUGAGUGCCACCCAACCCAGCCAAGCCCCUCCUCCUGGUGAUGAUAAUGAGCCUGUCAGCGUCACCAUCACCGUCAAGGCUACAGGAUCAUAG